GCGGGGUGGAGGGGGUGUGCUCAUGGGAUGUCCCCAGGGGGCUCAGCGACACCCCUGACCCCCUAACCACCAGCACCAUGCGGCUCUCGGCCCUGCUGAGCGCGGCACGGCCRCGGUUGCCCCCGGGCUACCGGCACGGGAUGUGGCCCCCGGACUCCAUGGCCGCCCGGCUCCGCAACCCCCCGGGGCAGCGCCGCCGCAAAGUCUUCGUGGAGCCCAUCGCCAAGGACGACUGGAAGGUGUUCAAGGGUGACACGGUGCAAGUGCUGGCUGGGAAGGACGCAGGGAAGCAGGGGAUGGUCACCCAGGUGGUGCGAGCCCGCAACUUCGUGGUGGUGGAAGGACUGAACACGCGGGGGGCCCUAAGGGUAUCUAAAAUUGGGUGCCCCCUGCCCAAACUCAUGGGAGGCUGCAAGGGCAUGCGAAGGGAGUGCACCCUACCCAAACUAACUGGGGGAAGCUGA